GCAUCUGAACUUCUACCAGUAUAUAUGGUAUUCUUUGCGUAAUUUUAACGUUGCUUCCUCUCUUUGAUUUUCUAGUCUUUCAACUCUGUCUAUAGAGACCAGAGACUAGACUCACCAAGUCAGCAAUUUACAGUGUUUAAUCUUUGGCUAUUUAAGUGGUGCAAAUAGAAGUAUAUCAUCUAAGUUUAGAAUGGCUCCUGGAGGUGGUGCUAGUUGCAAAGAAAUUAUAGAAACAUGGCAAAAUUUUAUAAGUUGUGACACAACAAAUACACAGCUAGAGAAAAGUAUUACAUAUCUUGGUGAAAAGUUUAGAAAGUCUUCAAUUCAUAGUGUUCAUGAGUUGCUUGAGUGCCCAAUCUGCACAAGGUCCAUGUAUCCUCCAGUUUACCAGUGUCCAAAUGGCCAUACACUAUGCACCAACUGCAAGUCUGGAGCACAUAAUUGCUGUCCUACUUGCCAAGUUGAACUUGGAAACAUAAGGUGUUUAGCCUUGGAGAAAGUAGCAGAGUCAUUGGAAUUGCCCUGCAGACAUCAAAAUCUUGGCUGUCACAAAAUAUUACCCUACUAUCGGAAGCUCAAACAUGAACAACGUUGUAAAUUUCGGCCUUACCAUUGUCCAUAUGCUGGAUCAGAGUGCUCCAUAAAAGGGGACAUUCCAACACUCAUGUUACAUCUUAAGGAGGACCACAAGAUUGAUAUGCAUUUUGGAUGCACUUUCAAUCAUCGAUAUGUCAAAUCAAAUCCAGAGGAAGUUGAGAAUGCAAUAUGGAUGCUCACAGUUUUCGACUGUUAUGGAAAACAGUUCUGCUUGCACUUUGAGGCAUUUUCACUUGGUAUGACACCAGUUUACAUGGCCUUUCUACGUUUUAUGGGCGAGGACAAUGAAGCCAAAAUGUUCGCCUAUAGUCUAGAAGUUUGUGGUUUUGGCCGUAAAUUGACAUGGCAAGGUAUUCCUAGGAGUAUCCGAGAUAGCCACAGAAAAGUUCGCGACUGUCAAGAUGGACUUAUUAUUCCAAGAAGCUUGGCACUUUUCUUUUCUGGUGGAAAUAAUGGACAAGAGCUUACAUUGAAAGUCACAGGUCGUAUAUGGAAAGAGCACUAGAGAAGUUAGUAGUGCAUAGGCAAUUGUACAGUGUCAAUUUUUCAGAAACUCUUAAGUUUAUACUUUGCCUUUUUUGCAUAUGUUGUAUAUCAUAUCAGCUCAGGAUCUCUUAUGAAGAUAGCAUAUAAUUAAGUCAUAUUCCACUCUGAUGUAAAAGGUAUACACUACCUAAUUUGCAUGAAAUAAAGUUAAUUUAUUUCUUGUUUUGGUUA